AUGUUCGCAAUUGGCACAGUUGUUGUCAACCCUGUUAACCUUGUCCAUUGUGUUCAAAUUGGAUGCCCAGACGGCUACCAUGCUUAUGACUAUUUUCAGUCAUCUACCCUGGAUUGUGCAGGCUCAAUCAACGAUGUGACCUAUCGUGAGCUCCUCUUCCUCCUCAACGAGGUGGCCGGACUCGAACCUCGACUUCAGCGGGCUCUGGAAGAUGGCAGACUGAUGUGUGUGGAUAAUGGUCAGAGUUCUCCGUGUUUAGAUCUACGACAGACUUCACAUCGUCUCGUUCAACUGGUGAAAAAAGAGAAGGUACAUUGCGAAUCCUUACAGGUCGGAGCAGAAUUGCUUAUGUGUCUCGAGAAUACCGCCGUAUCUGAAAUCACGUCCCUCUUGUGGAAGGGAAAAGGAAAAUGCGCUGACUGCGGCACACAACCGGAUCGUGCUCCUGCACGUGAGCACUCUCUAGUCAAGGAAAUUGGCCUAGAAGGAGAGACGUUUAAGAAAAGCAGUUAA